AUGGACAUUGCCGGUUUCACCGUUGUCUCUCCUGUUGGGAUUCUCUGCAUCCUGGACACCCCUCUGCUCUGCUCCAGGAGGAGCACUACCUGUCAGGCCACAGCCCUGAUUGACCCUUAUGGCUUUGAGAGACGUCAUGAUUUUGAAUCCUACAAGGAGAUGAUGAAUGAGUAUGUAGCUGUCCUCAACAGAAGGUCGAUGAGAUGGUCCAAGCUCCUUCAAGAGAAACCACAUGUGGAGAAGAACUUGACAGUGAAAAGGUAUGUGCGUAAAGGUGUGCCUAACGAGCACCGUGCCAGGAUUUGGAUGGCAGCCAGUGGCGGACAGGAACGACUGGAGAGCAACCCGGGUUAUUACCAGUCUCUGCUGGCCAUGGAGCAUGACACCAAGCUGAUGGAAACCAUCCAUACAGACAUGCAUAGGACCUUUCCUGACAACGUCCUCUUCCAGAGCAAAGCAGAACCGAGCCUGCAGAGGGCUCUGUACAAUGUGCUGCUUGCCUACGGACAACAUAAUAAGGAAGUUGGGUACUGUCAGGGCAUGAACUUUAUUGCAGGCUACCUCAUGAUCAUCACCAAAGAUGAAGAGAACUCCUUCUGGCUCAUGGAUGCAUUGUUGGGCAGAAUGCUCCCAGACUUCUACAGUCCAGCCAUGAUGGGCCUGAAGACUGACCAGGAGGUUCUUGGGGAGCUGGUGAAGGCUAAAGCUCCUGCAGUAGGACAGCUCAUGGCCCAGUAUCCUGGCAUAUGGACACUGGUGGUGUCACGCUGGUUCAUCUGCCUCUACAUUGACAUACUCCCAAUUGAGACAGUUCUGCGGGUCUGGGAUUGUCUUUUCUACGAGGGCUCCAAAGUUCUUUUCCGUGUCGCUCUGACUCUCAUCAUUCACCACCAGCCGGAAAUCCUGCGAGCUCGCUCUUUGACUGAUGUGUGCGAGUGCUUUAAACAAAUUUCCUGUGGAGCUUUUACUCUGGACUGCCACACCUUCAUGCAGAAAAUCUUCACAGAACCUGGCAGCCUGUCGAUGGCAACUAUUGAUAAACUCAGAGAGAAAUGCAGACAACGAAUACUGGAGGAAGAAUCUGGACGGCCAUAAAGUUUUGGAUCCACCAUUGAUGCCCGUCUAAAUGGAUUUCUAAAACUAACAGCUUUAAUUCAGUGUUAAAGAAUAACACUUGGUAACUAUUACCGAAUGGACUUCUGGUGGCUUUUUGUUUUGCUUCUGUUUCAAGUUUCUAUAAAGGAUCUAGAUGUUUUAGAACCUUGUCCUUUGCAAAUGGUCCCAUGUUCUGCAGAAUAU